AUGUGGGUAAACAACGCCCAGGCUCGUCAUCCAGAGAAGACUUUGGAUUCAGCUGCCUGCAGUGUACGGCCACCACCUACUUGCUGUCGUUUUCUUGCAGACGAGGAGUGGCAGCUGGAGGACAGAAGCCACGAUACGCUCUCCGUGGACACUGACUGCGUGCAGCUGUUGGUGAACGCCAUGGACCACCCCACGUGUCCGCUGGAAGACCUGCCACUGGAAGCCGUGAAGCAGCGCGAGCGGUGCCGCGAGCAGCUGUGGGAGGACGUGGUGCAGAGGUCGCCCCACGUACCCGUCACCAGCUACCUGGCCUACACGCAGAGGGUAAACGUCAACCUCUGUCUGCUGCCCUGGAUGGCGGUCAACUCGUACGGCAUUUGUCAGGACGUCCCGUUUAGUAUGAUACAGUCCGUACACGAUGCUCGCUGCUAUUUCGAUAGUCCCGACGAUCAAUCGUGUCUGCAGUCGAACGCUACAGACGCCAUCUGCUCUGUUUCCAGAGCUAUUCUGUUGCUAAAGUGUCGCGACUUUUCCUCCAUUAGGAGUUCCUAUAACUGUUCGGUCUAUUUGUACCCAUCUCAAGAAGUCCCCAUUGGAUGUACUAACUCUAGCUGCAUACUGGAUCAAAAGCUAACAGAAGAAACACUGGAGUACAAAAACAGUUUAAACAACGCUACCUUCAGAUACAAGGAUUUCAAAAUUGACAGCUUAAAGCCUUUAGAAGUCUCAUUUAUAAUGGUAAACAUCUUUCUCCGUUUUUCGACUGCCGGAGUAUACGUGUACCUUCCCCAGUUACGUAACUUGCCUGGAAAGAUUUUCUUGUCCUUUCAGAUCACGUGCAUAACCCAGAUCCUGUGUUCUGAGGUCGUGUAUCGUAUGGCAGGCGUCCCUGACUUACCUACAGCAGUGCUGAUAGACAGCGCCCUCACACUUCUCAGCUGUAUCUGGCUGAACUCAUUCUGCUACCAGAUGUAUGCUUGUGUUCGCCAUCUCAGGCUUCCUGACCAGCUACUACCUGCUGAACUUGUGUGCUACAGGCGGCCGCUGUUGAGUGAACGCCUGCUGCGCUAUCAUCCGUGGAGCAUCUCCUUUGACGACGACUUCAGUGCGCUGUGCAAGGAGCGGCAGCCAGAGGCGUCGCAAAUGUUCAGUCUCGCUGACGAACUGUACGCCUUCUAUCGUGUCUACUUGUACACUACAGCUGAGUACAUCGAUACAUUGUACGAAGAUGUUUUCAAGAUUGUAGACGAGGAGUGGCAGCUGGAGGACAGAAGCCACGAUACGCUCUCCGUGGACACUGACUGCGUGCAGCUGUUGGUGAACGCCAUGGACCACCCCACGUGUCCGCUGGAAGACCUGCCACUGGAAGCCGUGAAGCAGCGCGAGCGGUGCCGCGAGCAGCUGUGGGAGGACGUGGUGCAGAGGUCGCCCCACAUACCCGUCACCAGCUACCUGGCCUACACGCAGAGGGCAAACGUCAACCUCUGUCUGCUGCCCUGGAUGGCGGUCAACUCGUACGGCAUUUGUCAGGACGUCCCGUUUAAGCUAUUCUGUUGCUAA